AACUGUCAAACCCGCUGUCAAUCGUGUUUUGUUUACAUCAGCACGCGCUAACAAUUAUUCGAAAUGCUUGCAGACUGUGAAAUUUGUAACACAAACGAGCAUAAAUACCGGUGUAAGAUCUGUUCCUUACAUUACUGUUCGGUAGUUUGUUACAAGAAACACCAAGAGCAACCAUGUGCACCACCACCACCUGCAGCAGCAUCCGAAACAGCAAUUCGGGAAGAUUGUAUCCCGAAGAAAAUCAUAUUAUUCAGCACAUUGGACACCGUUCCUGCGGAAAAGCUAGAGCUGCUCGGUCAAAGUGAACAUUUGAAAAAUCUGCUGUACAAUCCGCAUUUAAGACAACUGCUGACGGAGAUUGAUAAUGCCCGUGAUGGAAUGAAUGCAAUCAAGGUCGCUAUGAUGGAACCGCUUUUUGUGGAGUUUGCCGACGAAUGUCUCCGGCUAGUUGAACCAGAGUCGGACAAAUCGCAAGAUAAUCUGCACGAGCUUGUGUUCACCAACCGGCAACAUCGGCGAUAGCGUAACAUUGUGAUAUUGUGCUCAAGAUUCUGUACAUAUUCGAUUGUUCUUUGUAUUAUCAGUCCAAAAAUAAUUACAGUUCAACACUUAAAUAGUAGAAAAAGAACAGAACAAAAAGAUAGACGAA